UCUGACUGGACGCUCGCGUAAGGUUACUUAACAACGUCACUCCGCUUUAAUUAAUAUUCAUGACUUAGUCCUUCGCCAUGGUAGGUUGUACAAAUUCUGUCCCGUUCAGUGAGAUGUUUGAAGGAGUGCGUCUUUAGCUCUAUGAUGGGAUAUGAGAUGGCUCUCCCAUGUGGAGAAAAAUGGACAAUGCACUGCCUCACAGCCUCAUUUGCGUGAAGAGUCACUUUCGGUUAUAGGCCUAUACAAGACAUUUAUAUAGCCUAUUACUGUUGCACAGCAUCGUUACUUUCGUCCUCAGUUACGAGAAAGGUGGUAAACAGUGUUUUAAUUUAAUAAAACCUCAUCUCGAUGGACACUGCUAGUGAAAUUGUAGUUGUAACAGGUUUUGCCCCUUUCCGACAAUAUGUAGUGAAUCCAAGUUGGGAGGCAGCUAAGGGAUUGAAGAUGGCAGGACUUGGAUUGGGCAUAGAUGUCCAUAUUAUGGAGAUUCCUGUCAGUUAUGCAAAAUCACAACAAGUCCUUGAUCAUAUCUGGCAAACAAUGACUCCAAAGGUUGUUAUCCAUUUGGGCAUAGCCCCAGGAGCCAAAGGCAUUACACUGGAGCAAACAGGCAAGAACCACUACUACAAAGACAGAGAUGUGAGUGGUCUUUGCCCUGUUCAUCAUUGCUGUAUUGAGGGAGGACCAGAACGACUGGACUCUAUCAUAGACAUGAGGUCCCUUAGCAAGCAUUUAAAAAAUAUGGGACUUGAUGUCAUCUACUCCAGAGAUGCUGGGAGGUACCUGUGUGAUUUUGUAUACUACUAUUCACUGCACCAUGGGCAGGGAAGGGCUGUGCUGAUCCAUGUGCCAGCCUCAGGCAGCCUGGCAAGCCCAGAGAGACUGGUACCACAACUCCAGACCAUCAUCCACACUCUGUUACGCCAGCUGGGCAGCUCUGAACACACAACCUCAGAGUACGUGCACACAGCACACAGGUAGAAAACACUGAAGAAAAUGUCCUCUAUAAAACAUAAUCCUAUCAUGUAGAUCACAUAGUGGAAAUUUAAUAAGUGACACUUGACACAAGUCUUCAGACUCAUUCAUUUUUUAAUUCAAAAUUUAAGAAAAAAAGAAAAUACAUGAAAAUUCUUCAGAUAUACAUUAAGCCAAUGGCAUGUAAAAAGUCUACCAUCUCAACUGGAGGUGAGGAGAAAACUGAAAAACAGGAGGCCUUAGAUACAUAACUUACAAGAAGACGAGUACCAGCCAAGCCGUUUCACCGUUUCUACCAAUCAAUGCAAUGACACAGAGAUUUUUUUUUCAUUUUUCUCCUUUUUUUUUUCAUUUUUCUUUUCUUUUUUUUUGUGUGAAAGGAAAAUAAAGUGUUAUUAAACUCUUCAGUACAGUAGUUCAAGGCCCCUUUUGAAAUUUGUCGGAAUGCCAAGCAGAAACAACAGUGCCUGGGAAAUGAUGUCUGUAAAACCUCAAGCUCAUUAUUGCAAUUAAAAUGCAUACAUGCAUCUUUUCUAAACCUGAGGUUUUGCAUUAUGAAGAAAUAUAAUAAAAUAAUAGUUCUCAUGAUAGUUGAGGAAAAAAAUCAGUCAGUCUACCUUCAGGUUUGCAGAAAACUUUCAUUGCAACAUAAGCUAUUACUACUGUAAACUUGUCUCUUUUUAUUUUAAAUUCUAGUCAUGUUCUCUCUCUCUCUCUGUGUCAUGACUACCCGUAAUCUACUGGACAUCGCUGUCCUAUUUGUGUAUGUGUGUUUCUGUAGAACUGUAACCUACUGGUAACUAAGGAACCUUGGCAGCAUUCAAUGAAAACUGACAUUCACUUUGCAACAGGCCAAUGCUUUUGUCCAUAUUCAUUACAGAAAGAAAAAAAAAGAAGCAGAAAUAAAUAGUGAUAUCUAUUAUUUUCCCAUUAUAAACACAUCAAAAUCUUAAUCACUACAUCUACAUGUGAUACACUCCCACCCAUAUACAUACGCAACAAUACAAGCACAAGGGCUUUUACAGAAUGGUUAUUUCGAUCGUCUUGUACCACACAGAAUAUUCUUUUCUAACAAUGUGCCUCUUCCUCAGGUCUCUUCCUACAAGAGCCAACCCCUGGAGUUCAAAAGAUCCAAAAUACUAAAGUCAAAGAAUAUUUUAAGUGCCAUGAAACAGAACAGCCAGGGGUUGUAAGACCAUGACUUUCUCUGAAUCCUCUUUGCAAUUUAAUCGUCUGACCCAUCUGUUUUUAACGGUUGUUUGGAGAGAGAAAGCAUGUUGCUUAGAUCCACCACCCACCCAAUGCUAUUGGCAAGACUAUUUGUAGUCUCUGUAAAGCAGCAUGUUGUCAGCAGCAGUAGAAAAGAGAGGCAAAACUACAGCCCUUUCUCCCACUAGAGAAUAAUGUCGAUGAAUACGGUGACAAUUGGCCCUUUAUAUAUUGUACUCGCUAUGUGGAGUGCAUCUGACCAAACAAAUCAGUUGGAAUGUUUUUUCCAGGUAGGUUUAUGAGAAGGGGAAAAAAAUCCACUGGUUUGUUGUGAGAAAGUGUUGUAUGCAUUCAAUCAUUAGAUGCUUUGGCCAAAAGGUAUUAGAGUAGACUGCAGGAAAAGAGAAGGAAGAUUCACUUAAUGAACCAGGUAUAGUUAUCAGUGUGUAUUAAAGUCAUCCUCAGUUAUAGGCUAUUGACAGAUGUAGGAGACUGACAUUGUUGUGCAAAAGCACAGUGUGUCUAAGAAGGUCAUGCUGGGAAACAGGAAGUCCAGGGCCAUGAUCUCCAUUGAUGCUGCAAAUGAGUUUUUACUAAAAAUAAGAUCCUUUAAACGAAUGGAAACUUAAACAUCGUGUACAGUUUUCAAUGACAGCAUCGUAUUCAAAUCAUGUUUUUUGUUGGCUUAUCUGUUCUACAUCCAAUCCUGUACAGCUCAGCUGCACUUUUUGAAAUAUUCUAAUGUAAAAAGUAUGAAUAAUACUUCAUGUGACUUUUUUUUUGUCCUGCUGCAACCUUUUUGUAACCAAAACCAUAAAUGGAGUCUUGCUCUCAUUGCUCAAUAUGAGGAUAUUUUUUUUGCUAGCAUAUACAUGGCUAGAUGGGAGAUUUUUUUUUUUUUAAAACACAUUCAUUGCUUAAAGGGUUAGUUCACCCAAAAAUGAAAAUAAUGUCAUUUAUUACUCACCCUCAUGUCAUUCCACACCCAUAAGACCUUCGUUCAUCUUCGGAACACAAAUUAAGAUAUUUUUGAUAAAAUCCGAUGGCUCAGUGAGGCCUGCAUUGACAGCAAGAUAAUUAACACUUUCAAUGCCCAGAAAGCUAGUAAAGAUGUAUUUAAAACAGUUCAUGUGACUACAGUGGUUCAACCUUAAUGUUAUGAAGCGACGAGAAUACUUUUUUUCAACAUUAUCUAGUGAUGGGCGAUUUCAAAACACUGCUUCAUGAGGCUUCGAAGCUUUACGAAUCUUUUGUUUCAAAUCAGUGGUUCAGAGCGUCUGUCAAACUGCCAAAGUCACGUGAUUUCAGUAAACAAGGCUUCGUUACGUCAUAAGUGUUUUGAAACGUUUCGAAAUUUCAGUGGUUCAUGUGACUUUGGUAGUUUGAUACACGCUCCGAACCACUGAUUCGAAACAAAAGAUUCAUAAAGCUUCGAAGCUUCAUGAAGCAGUGUUUUGAAAUCGUCCAUCACUAGAUAUUGUUGAAUAAAGUCUUUAUUUUGUUUUUUUGGUGCACAAAAUGUAUUCUCGUCGCUUCAUAACAUUAAGGUUGAACCACUGUAGUCACAUGAACUGUUUUAAAUACGUCUUUAGUAGUUUUCUGGGCAUUGGAAAGUGUUAAAUCUUGCUGUCAAUGGAGGCCUCACUGAGCCAUCGGAUUUUAUCAAAAAUAUCUUAAUUUGUAUUCCAAAGAUGAAUGAAGGUCUUACGGGUGUGGAACAACAUGAGGGUGAGUAAUAAAUGAGAAUUUUCAUUUUUGGGUGAACUAACCCUUUAAGAUAUGCUCUCCUAAACCUUUAUGAACAGCAGUUUUUAUUGAAGAAUAUUAAAUGCAAAAGAAAAACACUGAUAGCUGAGAGCAAAUAACUUUUAUAAGUUUUAUCUCUAAGGUCCGUCAUGAUGAAACCAUCUGGUGAAUUAGGUAUUUUAACACGAUUAUUGCAGUAUUGCAGUGUGAUCAAAAGCAGUGUGAUUUUUGCAUUGCCAGGCAUGUGAUAAGGGAUGCAACAGACACGCCAUUAGGAAUCCCAUAGGCAUUUUAGCUCACACCAUGACUUCCUCUCUCUCCAUUCCUGGCAGCUUGUACUUUGUGGUGCUUAAAAAGUUUUUUUUUUCUUUCUUUUUUAAAUCAAGAGACAUGACAGAGGAUGAUAAGGUGUCCUCUACAGAAAAAAGCGAGAUGUAUUUUAUCAUUUCAUAUACUUACACAUUUAAAAAUAAAAGAGAAUGAGGUAGAUAGAUGCUGAAGGAAAUGAAAAAAGAAAGUCCCCCAGUCAUGACAUCAUGGAAAAUGCAUCUAGAAUCAGACUUUAUACUAAAUCAUAAGGGCAUUUGUACAGUGAUUUCAACUGGUAUCACACACACAAAAAAAAGGAAAUUAAAUAAAUACCCCUUCCAAGGGGGAAAAUAACCUUCUAAGACAGGAUAAAUAAGUCCUGGGUAACGUUCCCAAAUACACAUGGAGAAAUUCUUCAAAACUAAACUUUUUUUUUUUUUAAAGCCAACUAGCCAUGGAAACCUAAUGUUUUAUUUAGCAAUCUUUGAAGAAACCGAUCACUUUUCUGAACUUGAACCGAUUCUUAUUUGGUUACAGAUGGCAUAUUUCAUCAGGAAGUUUAGUGCUCAUUGCUUGGAUUUAUAAAAUUGAGGUGAUUACAGAGAUUAUGAAUGCAUCUUGUUUGGAGGUGAUACAGGCUGGUUGGCAUAUGGAGAGAAAUUAAGACAACCCAAUUAGCCCUGUUAGUUGCUAUUCAAUUACAUGAAUGGGUUACAAAAACAGUCUAUAAGGGUAAAUAAAUGUAAAUGAAAAAUUCCAUGACAAUGCCUGGCAGGAGGCAUGAGCACGGACACUGACAUACUGUACGGUUUACUACACUGUAAGGAGAGGCCAGCAACUAAAAAAGCUGAGGAAUCAUCUGAUGAGAACAUGAUGUCUGGAGAACAAAACUGUAACAUUAACCUGAGAUUGAGCUGCACCUCAUGAGUAGGUGCAGUGGUAGACAACUGUAUCAAGGGUGCCUAAAGUUCACAUGCAGAGCUAAAGAGUUUGUUGUAAUUAAUAAUAAUAAUAAUAAUAAUAAUAUAGAGAAAUGUUAAACACAAGGCAAUGGACAUGUGGCAAUGCAGACAACCUCUUAGGGAGAAAAAAUAAAAAUAAAUUGCUAUUCUCUUUUUUUGUAUUUUUUCUCUUUUUUUUGCAAGAAGAGUAUAAAGCAUAAGAAAAUGGACUGUAGUGGAGAUAUCAUAAAAUAUUAAACCUGAAGGAUUUAUAUAUAUAUAUAUAUAUAUAUAUAUAUAUAUAUAUAUA